CAAUAGAAAUACAGAAUGGGUCAGCUUGCGGAAGACAUUGAACGAGACUGAUGGUUUUGAAACGAGGAGAAGAAAUGUAAAAGAAAGUUGCUAUUUUGGAAAGUUAAACACUGUCUAUGGGUACACACAUCAACUACACCGUGUCCCUUAUUAUUGACCUGAGUAUUUCUUUUCGUUUGUUCAUCUGUUCAUACUGAGAACUGCUGGUAAAGCUGGGCAGAGUUGUGAGUUAUGUCCAAAUCAACAAGAUGGGACUCAAAACAAAAUGAGUCAAAAUACUUGCCGAUCUAUCAGCACAAAGCCGAGCUGAUUCAGGCUGUCAAGGACAGCACUUUUCUGCUUGUCACCGGUGAGACUGGCAGCGGGAAAACUACUCAACUUCCACAGUACCUGCAUAAAGCAGGUAUUUGUAGAGAUGGCAAAAUCGGCAUUACGCAGCCCCGCCGUGUGGCUGCCAUCACGGUGGCCCAGAGGGUCGCCCAGGAGAUGCGGUGCACUCUGGGUAGAGAGGUUGGCUACCAAGUACGCUUUGAUGACUGCUCAUCACAGGACACGGUGGUAAAGUACAUGACAGACGGCUGUUUGCUCAGAGAGAUCCUGGCAGACCCGGUACUUUCUCAGUACAGUGUUGUAAUCUUGGAUGAAGUCCACGAGCGCAGCCUCAACACAGAUAUUCUCCUGGGUUUGUUGAAGAAAAUCUUCUCCAACCCUGCAAAGGCCAUCAAAGGGCGAUCGUUCCCUUUGAAAGUGGUGGUGAUGUCCGCCACCUUGGAAACUGACAAACUCUCAGCGUUCCUUGGUAACUGUCCCGUCUUUGCUAUUCCCGGGAGGACUUUCCCUGUCACCUGCACAUUUGGCUUCGCUGUAGGACCUAAAGACAUAGAGAGCGCUGGUUAUGUAAAAGAGGUUGUCAAAAUGGCCCUUGAUGUGCACACCAGUGAAAUGGCUGGGGAUAUUCUUGUGUUUUUGACUGGUCAGUUAGAGAUUGAGCGUGCCUGUGACUUGCUGUAUGAGAAAGCUGAGUCUAUAGACUACCGCUAUGAUGUGCAGGACCAAACAGUAGAGGGCCUUCUUAUUUUGCCUCUUUAUGGGUCCAUGCCCACUGAGCAACAGAGGCAGAUCUUUCAGCCUCCGCCUGCAGGAAUCAGAAAGUGCGUGGUGGCCACUAACAUUGCAGCAACAUCCCUUACCAUCAAUGGCAUAAAAUACAUCAUAGAUAGUGGGUUUGUGAAACAGCUCAACCACAACUCAAGAGUGGGCAUGGAUAUCUUGGAGGUGGUGCCUAUUUCAAAGAGCGAGGCUCAGCAGAGGGCAGGCCGAGCCGGAAGAACCUCAGCCGGGAAAUGCUUUCGAAUCUACACCAAGGAAUUCUGGGAGAAGAGUAUGCCUGAGUACACAGUUCCAGAAAUUCAGAGGACAAGUCUGACUGCAGUGAUACUCACACUCAAGUGUCUGGGCAUUCAUGAUGUCAUUAGGUUCCCUUAUCUGGACUGCCCAGAGGAACGGUUUAUCCUUGAGGCGUUAAAACAGCUCUAUCAGUUUGAUGCCAUUGACAGGAGAGGCAGAGUGACUCAGCUGGGGGAGCUGAUGGUGGAUUUCCCCCUGCAUCCAGGUCUUACGAGGGCCGUACUCAAAGCCGCUUCGCUCGGCUGUCAGGACCUGCUGCUCCCUGUAGCCGCCAUGUUGUCUGUAGAGAAUAUUUUCAUCAGGCCAGGUAACCCCGAAAAGCAGAAAGAGGCAGAUAAAAAGCACACAGCACUGGCUGCUAAGACUGGCAGCAUGAACGACUUUGCCACACUCCUCAGUGUGUUUCAGUCAUGCAAAUCCAGUGACAGACCCUCUGUCUGGUGUAAAGAUAAUUGGAUCCACUGGAGGGCGCUGAAGUCAGCCUUUAGUGUGGAGACUCAGCUGCGAGAGAUCCUUCUUCGCCUCCAGCAGAAGAGAGAUUUCCCUACAGAAACAUUUGAUGGCAAUAAGAGUGAAAUCUUCAGACAGUGCUUGUGCACAGGAUAUUUCACCAAUGUUGCCAGAAGGUCUGUUGGAAAGGUUUUUUGCACAAUGGAUGGCAAUGGGUCCAUGGUUCACAUUCAUCCAUCAUCAAUGCUGUUUGAAAAGGAGGCUGAGUUGGACUGGGUCAUCUUCCACGAUGUGCUGCUGACUUCACGGGUGUACAUCAGGACUGUGUGUCCAAUUCGUUAUGAGUGGGUGAAGGACUUAUUACCUAAACUCCAUGAGGUGGACGUCUAUGAACUGAGCAGUGUGGCAAGAGAAGAAGUGACUGAUGAGGAGAUGAUAAAAUGGGAGAAAAGGGAAGCAGCCAAAAGACAACCAGAGGUUUCCACUGAGGAUGUCAUGAAGAAACUGGAGAAGCGAAACAACGAAACCACUGUCAGUGAUGCUCGAGCUCGCUACUUGCAGCGAAAACAACAAAGACAGCAAAGUAAAGCUCUCUGACAGAAAGCUUAUCAGACACGAUUCAUUCAGUGUAUCACAGAAAAUAUAUUUUUGGAAAUUAUGUCUGAAUAAUAAACAUGAAUUGCAUUUGUAAUGUUGCCUCUGUUGUACAUCCCUUUGCACACAGUGCUGGAGCAGUGGUCGGUUCCAUGGGUUUUUAACAAGAUUCGCAUCUAAAGAAGAUGUGUACUUAACUCAAAAACAUUGCGUAUAUUGAAAGAAGCCUAAAAGACUUACUAUGGGAGGAUUGACAAGACUCUU